AUGAUAGUAAACAGGUCGUGUCUUGUUUGCAAUCAACGUCCUUCUUCACAAGUUGAACUCGCCAGCCUUGAGCUUGUUCGCGGUGUCCUCGGUCAUGUCCAGCAGGCUGAGAUCCCCCUCGAUCGGGCGGCGGUCAAAGGGAGUAAGAGUGAGCGCGUGGCCCUCGAUGAGAUGGUCGAUCAUGUCAAUGGGCUUCAGCUGGACGUCGCACAGCUCAAAGAUGCAAGCGUGCUCGUACCUCCCGUCCAUCUCCAGCAGGUGGGUCACGGCGUGAGCCGCACCCUCGUCGAAGAACUUCAAGCGCUCGGUGGCCGGGGCGCUGCGGUCGGCGAAAUGGAACACGCAAACUCGGGUCUUGCCGAGCUCCCUGCUCUCGGCAAAGCAGAGUGGGUCACGCUGAAAGGCCUGCUCCAGGGUAUGGAGGUGCGACUGGAGGUGACGUUCCGCCUUUGCCUGGCCCUGGAAGAACUUGUAACAAACCGGGCAGUAUGUCACCGAACAAGUCGAAUCCUGGUCAGCAGCGAUGAGUCCGUGGAAAACUUCCAGGUGGCGGCUGUAGUCGCGGAACUUGAGGCAGCAGAUGUCUCCGUCCUCCCGUACCAUCAAGCAUCUCGACUCGAACGACCAGGAGUGGGACAUCAAGUGCUGAGCAAGAUCGGCGGGGUCUGGGAACUCCUCUCCACACAGAUUCCAGGGGCAUGCUCCGUUAGGGAGCUCGUGCGUGUGCCCAAAGACCUUAACGACCUCCUCAUGCAGGUAGCGCUUCCAGCAUUUGUGAAUGUGCUCCUGGACGUUCUCGGUCUCCGCCCAGUCGCAUCCGGGAACGGGGCACUUGCCGUCAACAGGUCUCGCAACCGGGCAGACAUGACCAGAUCCAGCACAAACCUGAUGCGAGCGGUACCAGUGGCUUCUCUGGCCAUCCUUCGCGGCAACGGACAAGCGGGACAGCUUUACAGAGAAAGGGAGGGGGUGCAAUGGGGGGAGGGAAGGGCGCAGUUGUCCACACGCGCUGUUCUGGGCGCCCCGGGGAUACGGAAUGCUCUGCUGUCCUUCUCCCCAAUCUGCCCGUAUGCCUUGAGUCACCAUGAGCCUGUGGGCGCUCUGGAGCGCGCCUGGUGGAGGAGUUCCUCCUUUGCGCUCCACGUCGGUGCUUCCCCCACUCAUCACUUACCCAUCAACUCUUCCACCUCCAACCGUCCCUUCGCCGAGAGCUUCCACUCAGACCACGAGGUUAACGUGUUCAAGCUCUUGUGCGACUUUACCAGCACAGACCCCUUUUCACCCGUAGAGCCCGACAUGGAUCCGCCCCACAAGCCGACGCUGAGCGAGUACCAGGAGCUGCUCGGUCUCCCACUUGAUGUGUUGAGACUGCUCGUUUCACACUACGAUGACGUCCCCGGCAACCCGAUUCUAGCCGGUCUUGCUUUCGUCGGCGGCGAUCUUGAUGAAGUGACGCAACCUCUCACCACGGAUGAGAUUGUCGCCGCUCACGAGUACGUAUCAUGGAUCAAUGAGCCUGAGAAGUGGACGCCGCUAACAGCCAGAUCACAUGAAGUGGCGCUGGGAGGGGCUGCGAUAUGUCUUGACAACUUUAUUCCUGACCUCCUCUAUGCGUGUCCGCCAAACGACCUGAAGCCUCUUUCCGACGCGUUGUCCGUUCCCAUCUCGCUCGUCUCCACCCUGACUGGGUUGCUGCGGUGGGCCAUGGGCUCGCACCUCGGGUUCCUCAACUUUAUCAAGAGGGGAGGCGCUCAGAAGCGUCUGCCACCGUCCGUCAUUCUCCAGACACCGGGACAUGCCGGGCGAGCAUACGACUACCAAAAUCUCCCAGAGCCCUUCUCUGGGACUCUGUUCUAUGCCUUUCUGGAGGUAGUUCUUGAGGGAGGGCAUCGGGGAGUAUCCCCUCAACCUCCACCACCGCACCUCUCACCUCUCAAACGGAGUUCCGCAGUGAGAGGCAAUGUUUCACCCACUAACGUGCAGGCGAGCUCGUCUUCCGCAACCACGCGUUCACGGUCCGGGGGUUUCUGUCCCAUUUGUGGACAGCGGUCGCCCGAGCUCUUGAUCCUUCUGGAAAAGCCCAGUGAACAGCUUGUGGAGGAUCGGAAUGCCGUCUUCCAUGGUGAUCGGCAAGCUUUUGCCACCGUGCCAGCGUCGUUGCUCAACUGCGAUUUCGUCUCAGCUGGCAUCCUCGCUGCCUAUCUCCCCCCGCCAUCUCAUCAUGGCCGGGCGAGCGUUCACGUGCUUUUGGCGCGCACAACGGAUCCAAUGUGGUUGGCGACGUUGAAGGAAGUACUCCGCAGUGUGCGUCGCGAGGCCCUGCACAACCCCAAACCUACGCCCGAACCUGAACUCAACCUCGCCAGUGCGACUGCGCUCCUGAACAACCAGAACGUCGUCCUGCCCCUCGGUGGCACGGAUGGCGAGGAGCACAUGCGCGUGCACUUCUGCACGCCACCCAAAAAGCUCGGCCCCAGUUUCGUUUCGGUCAUCAGCAAGAUGAGUCCGGGGCGGCGUGAGAGGCACUGA